CGAUGAGACGCACUUCUUACUCCCCAUUAUGACGGCGGUCAUGGUGGGAAAGUGGACCGCGGACCUGUUGAUUGACUCCUUAUAUCACAAAUUGAUCGACCUCAAGUGCUUUCCGUUCUUAUCUGAUGAGCCACAUGUCGAAGAAUGCCUGGACCUGUAUACCGUGGAGGACGUAAUGGGCCGAGACGUAGUGACCAUACCGGAGAUCGGCUCCGUAGCCCUCAUGGCACACAUUCUCGCAUCCUGCAAUC